CAUCAACAAAAAAACCCUGCAAGUUCCCUAUAGACAUUCCUCAACUCGAAUCAUCCCUCAACCUACACCAGCAAUGGGAACCUGCAUCGAGAAACAGCAUAAUAAAAAAAGAUCAGUAUCCCUCUAUAAAGUCACCAUUCACAGGCGUGUCAUCAAAACCAUGGUCACCUCAUGUCCCAAAGUGGUUUCUUCAUGGAUCAAAUGCCAUCUUCAAACGCCACGCAACUUCCAGAAGAAGGUGGUUGGCCUUGACAUUGAAUGGCGUCCAAGUUUCAGAAGGGGGGUUCAGAACCCUGUUGCCAUCUUACAACUUUGCAUCAAACACUGUUGCCUCAUCUACCAACUCUACCAAGCUUCUUCCAUCCCAAGGACCCUCUACAAAGCCCUUUGCAACCCCAACAUAAUGUUCACUGGGGUGAAGAUAUCUGCUGAUGCAAAACGGCUGAAGGAAGAUUAUGGGCUAGAGGUUGCACAUUGUACUGAUGUUGCUGCAAUGGCAGCUGAGGAGUUUGAUCACAAGGACUUCAAAAGAGCAGGACUGAAGACUUUAGUUGAGAAACUCAUUGGAGAGGAAAUUCAGAAGCCAAAGAAUGUUACAUUGAGUAAUUGGGAACUCAAGUAUCUCUCUUGUGGGCAAGUGCAGUAUGCUUGUGUUGAUGCAUAUUACUCCUAUAAGCUAGGGAAGUUUUUGAUUUUUGACAAGUGCUAAUCAUAGUUUGGGAAUAUUCGUAGUGAUUGCAUGUGUGUGUCAUCAUAUGAUUAUUGCAAUCUAUGAGUUUGGUUGAUAUGAGUGUGUGCAGUUGUUAUUAAUAUUGUAAUUGGUAUUUGAUGUGAUUCAAGUACUUGGAAACUAUAUCUUGAGUUGUACAUGCUUGGUGAUUAAUUAUAGCAUUUGUUUUUUUGAGUUUAA